GACUUGUAUAGGUACUAACAAUGUGGUCUGCUGCUUAGUCUGGUAUUUGGUCUGUAUAUGUACAAGUACGAAAGCAUAUUUUCCACCGGCUCACAUAGGUCGAUCUGGCACUUUCUUCCAUGUUAAAUUUCUUUCUGGCUUUAUGGUAUGUAUUUGUAUAAAAAGAUUACUAGAUUCCUUGGGGUUAAAGAAUUCUGGUACUUAUGGUCCUGAUUUCGAAACUCCAUUUCUACAUAUAUUUUUGCGACAGAAAUACUGUUUUCCUCUUAUUUCUUCAAGCAUUUUCCUGUAUAGGUAUCUGGAGGAAAGAGGAUUUUGGAAAAUGAUCAUUUCGAAAUUGAGAACGUUGGUGCUGUCUUGUAUUAUUUUGGUGCUCCUUUACACAUGGAAAUUCUUCCUGCCGAAGUUUGCCAACAAUAUAGUUGAUGGGAGGGAGGUCAUAUUGCGGGAUGGUUGGGAUCAAGUAAAGGGGAACAACGAAUUUUGCACGAUGUUAAGGUAGAUGGAGAACGUUUGACGACAACGAGUUCGGCGACGAGCGGGACGGAGGAAGUGAGGAUAUCGACAUCACCUAGGGUUGUAGCAGUGACCGAUUCAGCUUUGAUUUCUUCACCAACGCGAACACCAUACACGUCAAAAGUGGUAGCUGAGCCAUCCGAAUCCCAGACGGCUCGAAACGAGGCCUCUAACUCGAAAUCGCAUCAUCCUUCAGAGCAGGCACCAAGGCCGAAAUCGCAGUACAACAUAAAGCAGACUUCAAAGCCAAAAUCGCAGCAUAAGAAAAGCAGAACAAACCAUCGCAAGCAAUGAUCAAAGAUAACUUUCCUUUGGCGAUGAGUGCUCGCUCAGCCGCCGAUUUACCACCCGUUCCCCCAUGGAACAAACCUCCAGUCCCUCACGUAAAAGAAAAUACACCACUCUUUAUUGCUUUCACGCGGAACUGGCUAUUACUCCAGCAAACGGUUGUCUCGUGGAUAACGUCCGGUUGGCCAGCAGAAGAUAUCUAUGUUGUUGAAAACACCGGCACUAUGAGAUCCAACGAACUCGGCCUUCUCUCUCUGCAAAAUCCUUUUUUCCUAAACCACACUCGACUUCAUAUGUUGGGUGUAAAUGUAAUCGUGACACCUACGAUCUACACAUUUGCCCAGUUACAGAAUUUCUUCCUUUGGACGGCCAUUGAGAAAGAUCUGGAGACUUAUUUUUGGAGUCACAUGGAUAUCAUUCCUAUCACAUUCGAGCAAGGUAUUUCUGCGUCCAAUGGUUACGCCGGACAUCAGACUAUAUAUCAACAUGCUGUCGAAGUUCUCCGAUCAGCACAAUCAGCAGAUCCGGAUCCAAAUGCUUCGGAUCCAAGUAAACCAUGGGCGAUGCGGUUCUUUGCUUUCGAUUACCUAGCUUUAGUUAACCGAGCAGCUUUUGAAUCAGUUGGUGGGUUCGACACUACAAUUCCGUUCUAUCAUACUGAUUGUGAUAUGUACGCUCGAUUACUUAUGGCUGGAUAUGGGGUUAACGAGCCCCGGCAUCUGAUGACAACAUUUGGAAAUGAUUUUGCCGGAACGGACAAAUUUGGAAGUGGAAUAAUCUAUGAUAUCGCGCACAGCAUUGACGAUUUGAUUGUCCUCUACCGAAAGAAAAGUACAGUAGAAGCGAGUUUUACGGGAGAGACCACAUCGAAAGACGAUGAAGCAGGCCGCAAACAUGGCGGAGAACAGUCGAUAACGGUAAAGCAAGCCCACGAGCAAGAAGAAGCUCACAGAAAAGUGGAAGGAAAUCAAAAGCAGGCUGCGACCGAUGACGAUGACGCACAAGCAUAUACGAAGGCGAUGGAAGAACAAGUCCCUUUUGGUAACAAAGCUGAGGCGCAGAAUGAAGGAUAUAUUAAGGCCACUCCCAAGGCAGAUGUCGAUACUAGCGAUUCCGAUGUCCAGCAAGCAUCGAAGAUACAUCAAGGAUGGCAAGGAGCAAAGGAUGCAGGGGGAAAAGAACCGAGCCCCAUGGUCGCGAAGGAUCUUUCGCAAGCAGGUUCUUCGGUCACUAUGUCCGAAGCUGGCGGAUACAAAAGCGAAGCCUGGGAGAUUCCCAAAAAUCCCCAGUUCAAGUCACUAGAGGGCCUCCAUCGCGACGCUACCGCGAAAAAGUCAACCACGUUAUUCUCAUCCACAUCCUUAGACUCAAACUCUAAGUGGGUGACCGACGAGCCCGGUUCCCCGGCCUACUUUCACCUCCUCCAAGUCGCCACCAACAUGGUACUCGCCAAGUACUCCCAAGGCGCCGAAGGUCGAAAUGAAUGGCAACAUCUACAACCUGGAGGUAAAGACGAACCUUAUUAUCGUCAUGCAGAGGGUUUUGAAAAGGCUCUUCAGUUGACUAUUGAGAUGGGAAGAAGAGUUUAUCUCGAGAAGUGGGGGACGCUGGAUUGUGAAUUGAUUCAAGGUGGGUUCACGUUGGAUGAUGAGUGGAAGCCUGAGGAAGGGUCUGAGUUAGUGUAGUUGUUGUGAAUGCAUAAGCGGUUUUGUAUAUCGGCUGGUUGGAGAUCGGUUGGAUGUGUCUGGGUGGUAGUUCUGGAAGGACUUUGGUGUUAAACAGGAACUUUUCGAUGGUAAUUAACGGGGAAAAUUGCAUAGGAAAUUUGGAUUAUUGAUAUAAGAUUUGGGACAUAGGCUGGAUACCAUUUGUAUUAUAUAUUAUGUUGUUUGGAUUUAAGUAUAUAGAGACUUUCUCUUCGGAACA